GAGCUGCUAAGAUGGCGGCGGCGGCGGAGGACGGUGACUUGGCGCUGGCGCUGCAGCUGCAGGAGCUGUGGGAAGCUGAGGACAGCGAGGCGGCCGCUGUGGCCUGCGCCGAGCCGCCGGCCGUCCCCGAGCCGCUCCGGCCGUUGUCAGUAGUGGACGAGGCCUGGGAACUGCUGGACCCCAGCCCCGACGUGCGCGGCCUGUUCGUGCAGCUCAACGAGGCGCUCUUCUGGGGGCGCCUGGCCGCCGUGGAGGUGGCGUGGAGCCCCCGCAUGACGCUUUGUGCUGGAGUGUGUAGAUAUGAAGGAAAAGGUGGAAUGUGUUCUAUUCGUUUAAGUGAGCCACUCCUUAAGCUAAGACCGAGGAAGGAUCUUGUUGAGACACUGUUACAUGAAAUGAUUCACGCGCUGCUCUUUGUCACUAAUAAUGACAGAGAUCGUGAAUCUCAUGGGCCAGAGUUCUGCAAACACAUGCGUCGCAUUAAUCGCUUGACUGGAGCCAAUGUCACAAUCUACCACAGUUUUCAUGAUGAGGUAGAUCUGUACCGCCAGCACUGGUGGCGCUGCAAUGGCCCCUGUCAAAAUAGAAAACCUUAUUUUGGGUAUGUGAAACGUUCAAUGAAUAGAGCACCCUCUGCACGAGACUUCUGGUGGGCUGAGCAUCAAGAGAAGUGUGGAGGUACAUUCAUAAAAGUGAAGGAGCCAGAGAACUUCUCUAAGAAAUCUAAGGAAAAAAAUGAGCCAGCAGAACUUGCAAAUUCCAAGUCAACUAACAAAGACAAGAAACACGUGGAUGCUAAGAAAGAUCUGAUUCCUUUUAGUGGAAAUGGCUAUCGGCUUGGAGGAGAUGGUGGAUUCUCAGAAAAAAACAUAAAUUUCAUCAGCAGCGUUAAAAGCAGUGAAAAAUCUGGUUGGCAGGAUCGAUCAGCAGGAAGCACAAUACCGAUCCCUAAAAACGAGAUAAAAUUUGAAAAAUCACCCCGUAAUGGUAUCUCUGUUCCUUUCUAUACUGACGAUACCAGUAAGAAGGUGAACUUGGCUUCAAAGCGUGAGUUCCCUAAACUCUCUGUCACUGAUACAAAAGCAUACAAGAAUGUUGAUGGAUCACCCGUUAAAAUUUCUCAUGUUGUAGAAGAACAAUCAAAGAAAGGCUCUGCAAAAGGCAAGAGGGCUUUGCCAUGCUAUAAUAACAGGCCACCAAAACAAACUUGUUUUGAGCAGACAACAAUGGCUCAGGUGGCAUCUGAGAAGAAAGGUUUGGAAAAUAAAGUGCAGCAAUGGCCAAAAAAGGAAGACAAAACUGCCUUUGAAAACUAUUUCAUAAAAAAAGAGAGUACUGAUACUACUUUAAGUAAAAACACACCUGUGAAAACCAAAGCUGAAUUGACAGUGUCCUCUGCAAGUUCCAGUGCUACCAAAUGGAAAGAAAAAAAAGUCAGUUGUCCUGUUUGCCAGGCUGAGGUUUUGGAGCCUGAAAUAAAUGAACACCUUGAUUCUUGUCUUGCAUAAAGCCUCUCGGAGAGCUGCCUUGAAAAAAAUAAACCAAGGCUGAAAACACUGCUUGGAAACUAGUUUGCUCAGGGUUUGCUUAGCUGUAGUUGUUUCUCUAUGUGGGCCUGUCCUGAGCUGCAAUUUGAACUACUGUCAGCAUGCUGAAGAGUAAGUUCUGUGGAGCUGCACAUCAGCGCUGACUGAAAAGCUAGCUGUGUUCCAAAGACUAAUGCUCAUGUUUUAGUAGGCUGAUGCUUGUCCUAACGUUCUUACUGCACAGCCUGGGUUUUGCGAGAAGCUGGACACUUGCUGAACUGCAAGUUUUCAAGGCAGUUUUAAAAACAAAGACAUUUUAAGCCUUGCUAAUUUAUCUUUGUUCCUAGGAUCAUUUUUUAAUGAAUUUUUGGCUAUUCUUAGAGUUAACCUCUUAUAAUAGAUAAACAUUGUUUACUGUAACACAGUUAAAGACCAGAUAUAGUUCUAGAACAGCAAGUAUUUUGCUUAAGCCACCAUUACACUCUCAGGUGGUCCUUCUCACCUGUGACCUUUUAGAGAAGGUAGAUGUGAAUGAGAAAAUUGCAGGAAAUCCAGAAGGGCAAUGAAGAUGUUAAGAAAUCAGAGGAUAGUUGGUAGAUUAGGAGGAGGCUCUAAGCUAUAAGGGCUCAAUUAAAUAAGUAACAGAGCUUUGUUGCCAAGAGGAUUUGAAAGCUGGCUAUUCUGCUAAAAGUUGAAGUGGACAAAUGCAAGCUAAUGAACUUCAGUCUUCUGUGUGUCUUUUGAUCAAGGAUCCCAGCUACGUUCUCCAUCCACUUUUUUCUGAUGUUUUGCACGAACUUGUUGGAAGCUUACUACUUCUCAGCAUACAGGUAUUAUGUACAUGAAAAGCUGCCCCACGUGUGCUGGCUCUGGUAUGUGAAAGUGGGGAAUAUUGCUAGUAAUACUGGUAAAGUCUGUUCCUGGCCAUAUCAUAAGAGGCUUCAUGGUUUUUCAGUUUCCAGCUAAACUUCCAGUGCUUUACAGACCAAAAUGGCAUUAAAUCAAGUUUAGCUGACAGUCUUUGUUUUGCUACUUCAGUGUCAGCCAGUUUGGUGCUUAGCAUCCAUCAGGCCAGGCAGAUGAAUGCUAAACCAAUUUGUGCUGUAAAGUUGUGACUGCUGAGCAGAUGUGUAUUCUAUAUAAACUUCCUGAAAUGUUUACAGUCCUUUUUGCUGCUGAAAGUUCUUAAUUGGUUAAACAAUUAGCAGCUUGAUUCCUUCCUUGUAAAACUGGUUAUAAAUAUUUUUGUUAGAAAAGGAAAGAAAGAUGCUGUUUCAUAUGAUAUUGCUGCUACAACUUUAAAUGGCUAUAUUAGCCUGAGAUACACAUACACAUUUUAUCUUUGUAUACAAUAUUGUAGUUCUUUUUCCAGACUAAGGAAUAAACUAAUGUGCAAUAGAAUUUGGUAAAUUAUCUUUACUCUUUUGAAAUACUGGUGUAUUUUAUAAUUUUGAUGCUAUGGAUGUUUACUAUGAAUCAGAUUAUUCUUCCAUAUCUUGAAUAAAUUGUUAAUUUUACAUGUUCA